AAGGUGAUUCUCACUCGCCAGAAGAUUUCGACUGGCUAGUGGACUGCCUCUACUACAUUCAUUCCUUCAAUCACAAGCCAGCACAUGACAUCCUUUUGCUAUUGCAUGCCAUGGGAGCUCGCUGCGGCCCCGCUAAACAGCAUAUGUUCAUCGAGAGCCUCAUUGCCUGCAUGGACGGUAACAUGCCUAACAAUUUACGUCACGCCGCUCUUCGCGCUGUUCACAGUGUCCGACAAGAAAUGGUAUCAAUCGAUGGCAUUGAUGAUGCAAGCUUACGGGACAUGGUUUUGAAAAAGCUCUCCCCCGCUAUUCUGACCGCGAUUUGUCCGCGACGAGGUGCAACACCUGCCGAUGCUGGCCCUGCCCUCAUUUUCGAUGAUCGCCGCGAUGCGUGCUAUGUCGAACUGCAUGGAUUUCACCUAGCUGGCAUCCUCCUCCGAAUUGCACCUGAACAGUGGUCGCCCACAUCGCUCGAGUCUAUCACAGAGAAGCAGUGGUGGUACAUGAUGAGCAGUGCAUGGAGGUAUGCAUGCCCCGUAAUUGACGACAUACAUUGUUUCGAGCUCCUUCCCGUCCUUGUGGAAGGCACGAAAAAGUACAUGCGGGUUGCUUUGACGUUUGAACUCCAGCAGCUCAUCAGAGAUGUGGACUAUACUCUCGAAACACUGGAGAGCAGAGACACAGAGCAGGGAGAGCGGGGAGAGGGGGUCGCCGUUGCUGUGAAAGAGCUUAGGACGGUGGCCAGUGACAUGCUUGAGAGGAUGGUCAAAAGUGAUGAAGUCGUUGGUCGCUGA